CCGGCAUGAAGAGUGUUAGCAUUCCUUUGCUCGCGCUACUGUUGGCCGGGCUAGCUGUUUCCUUAGGUGAACAGAGCCCGAAGUGCUCUGUGUCCGUAACAACCGCUAGUGGUACUAGAGCUCGUGCUGGACCGUACUGCUCAGGGGAACUUAUCUUUGAAGAUAACUUCAACACACUAGACUUUGAAACUUGGGAGCACGAAAAUACUCUCAGUGGUGGAGGUAACUGGGAGUUCCAAUGGUACCUAAACCAUCGAUCGAACUCGUACUGUGAAAAUGGUAUCUUCUAUAUCCGUCCAACGCUCCUAGCAGAUGACACAGGAGAGGCAUUCUUGAGCAGCGGCACCUUGAACAUCCAUGGUGGUCAACCGGCCGAUCAGUGUACCAGUCCCAUGUUCUGGGGCUGCGAGCGCACCGGUUCUCCAACGAAUCUUAUCAACCCUAUCAAGAGUGCACGUGUCCGUACGGUGAAUUCAUUCAACUUCAAGUAUGGAACGAUGGAGGUACGUGCCCGCAUGCCCACUGGAGAUUGGCUCUGGCCUGCUGUUUGGUUGUUGCCAAAGCGGAACGCGUACGGAUCGUGGCCGGCCUCGGGAGAAAUCGAUCUGCUCGAGUCUCGCGGUAACAUCGACUAUCGUGGCGCGAACGGAGUCCAUAUCGGUACUGAACAGUUUGGCUCUACGCUCCACUUUGGACCGAGUCCCACACUCAACGGAUGGGAAACGACAGUGGCGUACAAAAACACCGCACCGGGACAGGGUUGGAAUACGGGUUUCCACAACUAUCAGCUUACCUGGACGCCCGACUUUAUUCGGUUCUCGGUUGACAACCAGGUCGUCUCCCAGAUCGAUGCCGGCACUGGAUUCUGGAAUCGUGGAAACUUUGGUAACAUUGCACCGGGAACCGAGAAUCCAUGGAUCCAUGGAACACGAAUGGCGCCGUUCGAUCAGGAGUUCUUCAUAAUCAUGAAUUUGGCUGUUGGCGGCACGAACGGUUACUUCCCGGAUGUCCCACCAGCGACCAAUGCUAACCGUGGUAAGCCGUGGUCUAAUACCUCGCCAACCGCUGCUCGUGACUUCUGGAAUGGACGUAACUCUUGGCUACCGACGUGGCGUAUGACUGACAACCGUGGCAAGGAUUCUUCGCUCCAGGUUGAUUAUGUGCGAGUUUGGGCUCUAUAA